UCGAUGAUAUAUAUACUCCUCCUCGACGGGAAGGAAUCAUUAAUUCAAAAAAAACCGUCAAACAUAGCUAUCACUAAUAAAUAAAAUAAUUAAUUUUUAAUCGUUCAAACAAAGUGAUCAGACGGCUUUUUCAAAAAUAUCGGCUAAUUUAUUUAUUUAGAUAUUAUUACAAAAUUAAAACAAUUAAAUUUUUUUAAAUUCAAUUUCGAGUCAAUUUAAUAAUUUAACGACAAAAAUUUAAUAAAAAUAAUCACAAUGAUGUUGAUGAAGAAUAUUAUUUUGAGUGCAUUAUUUGCGAGUGUUUCGUGCUACGAAUUCAAAAACUUUAAAUUAUCAUCAACAAAUCCUCCAAUCACGCACACAAAUAUGGCUCAACUUUUUGAACUUUGUUUUGCAAAUACAUCAAAUCCGAUAGUCAUAACUGAAAAUUUGGUAGAGACAUUUCACAAAAAUAUGCCCAUCACAAUAAGGGCACCUGUCGUUAUCAUCAACAAAAAUUUCAUCCGCAAAAACAUUCAGCUGUACUAUCCAACUCAUCCGAUGUAUAUUUUAUCAGUGUCGAGUUAUGGAGAAAUGUUUGAACUCUUACAAAAAUUGAUUCAUUUACCGUUCUGGAGUCAAAAAUCCAUAUUCUUUGUGAUCUUCGAAACCACAAGAGCUUGCGAGCGUUCAUGGGAAAUGAUCUACGCACUGUCAAUGGCUGAACUGUUAUCAUGUAUCAUAGUGUGCUCUAGAACCGGUAAUACAACCAGCCUUUAUACUUAUAAUCCAUUCACAAGACGAGCACCCAAUCCUUGGGUCGAAGUCAACUUCGAUUUGGUUGACUGGCGCGGACGACCAUUGACCCUCUACAAUCAAUCUUUUUCAAACGAUCAUAAAAUUUGUGAGACUCUCCUUUUUGACAAAACAAAAUUUCUUGAUGGCUAUCCUGUUAUCAUUGCCGCACAAAGUAAAUUAUCGCCAUUGAUAUUGAAUUACACAUUUACUUCAUUAAACAUGACCCAAAAAGUGAUAAACUUGAAUUCAGACGACUCGAUACAUCUGUCAGUAAUAAAUAGAGUUUGCGAUAUCAGUCAACUAUACAGUCCGAAUAUCGACCCUCGUAUUGUACAUACGGUGCCAGUGAUUACCGAAAAAUCUUAUAUCAUAGUAACGAAGAAAGCAAGUUAUCUAUCAGCAGUUUAUGAAAUUGCGCAUGUAUUUGAUAUUAAUGGAGCCAUAGCGAUAAUUUUUCUUCUUCUUUUAAUUACCCUCUUGAUUGUAUUGCACAAUAAGUAUCAAGUCGGAUUGGCCGUUCUGGAUGUCCUGAAGCUGCUGAUGAGUAUGGGGAUCGAUGCACCUCUCGAUCGACUUGCCAUGAAAAUCACCUUCUUCACGGGAUUCUUGUUUGUUUUUUUAUUUAGUCCAUUGAUUGAGGGACAAUUAUUUGCCGUAUUAUCUCGCCCGCCGACUUAUAACAUGGAGUCCCUCAAAGACUUGUAUGAUCAUAAGUAUCACGUAUAUUGUCCGGAGAUAGUCCAUAAAUACAUUUUAGAAGAGCAAUUAUGGAAAACUGAUGAGGAUAUGAAAUACUUACAUAUUGCAACCCCAUACAACAACGAAAUAAUAAAUUGUUUUAAACAAGUUUUCGAAAAUAAGAAGGUCGCUUGUAUCUUUGAAGAAGUCUUGAUAAUUGAUGCCAUUGUUAUAAAAAAUUUGCAUAUAUCAAAACGUUUUAUGUUGAAAAGAUCAGGUUUUUAUCAAGCGAGAAAGUUUUGGGCUCUGGCAGAUCGAUUUUAUCAUAAAUCAUUAAACAUACAAGAGGCAGGAAUCGAACUUAGGAUGCGGCGACAAAUCGGAAGGACAUCAAGGAAGAAGCUGAAAGCUAAGGAAAGACUUAAAAGAAUUGCUGAUUAUCAAGAAAUUGACGCUGUAGAUUUAACAUAUUUAUAUGUAUUUAUGGCAUUUUUCCAGUUUUUGGCGGUUAUUGUUUUUGGUAUCGAGUAUAUUGUCGGACGUUAUCGCCGCCCAAGACAAUAAAAAAUAAAUGUCCGUUAACUUAAAAAAAUGUGUGUUAUUAAUAAGUCCCUAGUAGAAACGUAAUCAAGUAUCUGGCCAGUAACUGGCUAGUUUAACUAGACUUAAGCUAGGAACUGGCUAGUAUAAUAUCCAGUAACUGUCUAGUAACUGGCCAGUUUUACUAGAUAGCAAAUAAAACAUGGCGACUCUUGUUGAUCUUAAGGUUAUUGAGUAUUAAAUAUUGAUUUUAUUACAAUUAAAAAUUAUAAUAAUAACAACAAUAAUAAUAAUAAUAAUAAUAAUAAUAAUAAUAAUAAUAAUAAUAAUACACGGAAAAGUUAUAAAAUUUAUUUAUUAAUUUAUUAUAUUAUAUUUUUAAAUAUAAAACGAGAAACAUUAAUAACAUAAAACGUCGAUUUUUUUAACUUCAUCCAUUUUUUAAAAUAUAUUACCGAUUAUUUUUAUUUUGAAAGACACAAUUUUUAUUUUUUGUUAAUUAUUUGUAUUGUUUCUUGAUGUUUACUAAAUAUUAUUCAACUUACAGGUUAAAGUGAAAAAAUAAACAUACACAUACACUAGUAUAAGUAGAACAUCAGUGUGACCAAUGUUUACGAUUCAGUUAUAGGUGGCGCAACUUCCAGUUUUUACCUAGUUUCACUAGCCAGUUACUGGAUAAGAUUGCUGGCCAGUUACUAGAUAUGAACGCUAGCCAGAUACUAGACUUAAUCGAGUAAAAAAUUGAACAUUUCUACUAGGGGUGCAGUGUCGUGUAAUCGGCUUAAUAAAUUCGAUCACUCCCUAGCGGAUCCGA